UUACCAGUGCAGACCAAAAAUUCUGAAAGAGGAAGAGUGAUAAAGUAACCCUAUACCAAUGCCAGUUUGUUAUAUAUUUUUAAAAUGUGUUUAAAGCUGAUUUAAACCAAGUUUAAACAAUACUUUAAAAAAAAAUGGGAAAGUUGACAGUAAGUAACGAUAUGGCUGUGGCAAAGGAAAGUAAAAGUAAAGAUAUAAUUGAGUUUGAUGUCUCUAAUGUAAAAUCUAAGCCUUGGGGGCGACGCAGGGAAGAUCGUUUUAAUGAAAAAUUUAAAAAUAAACAGAGAAACAAAACUUCAAGCAAGUAUCCAAUCGAUAAAGUAAAAACCAAUACAAAGUCAAAGAAAGAAAAGAAAAGAAGAUAUGAAAUACCUGAAGAGGUUUUGAAAAAAUAUUCAAAAGGAGAAGAAGUUAAUUUGAAAAAAGUACACACCAAAAUUCAUAGAACAAAAAUUGAACAGCGGGAAAGGAAUGUAAAGUUUGCCACCGAAUUUGCUGCCAAAACUGAAGUUUUAUUAACUGAAGAAACUGGCUUUCUUGAAGCAGAUGAUGGUGAAACAACUACACAGUUUACGCAAGGAGCAAUAGCCGAUAGUGUGGAUAUUACAUCAGCUGCAAAGCAAUUUGAAUUAAAACUAGAAUUUGGGCCUUACAGAUCAAGAUAUACCAGAAAUGGUCGACAUCUCGUAAUAGGUGGUAAAAAAGGACAUGUUGCAGCAUUUGACUGGGUCACAAAAAAAUUACAUUGUGAAAUAAAUGUAAUGGAAAGUGUUCAUGAUGUUAGCUUUUUACAUCUCGAGACCAUGUUUGCUGUAGCCCAAAAGGACUGGGUUUACUUCUAUGAUCACCAAGGUAUAGAGUUACAUUGUGUUAAGAGAUUAAAUAAAGUCACCAGGAUGGAAUUUUUGCCGUAUCACUUUUUGUUAGCGACUUGUAGUGAUGAGGGUUACCUAAGCUGGUUGGAUGUUUCAAUUGGCCAAUUGGCUUCGCAGUAUAAUACAAAUUUAGGAAGACUAAGCAUUAUGACUCAAAAUCCAUGGAAUGCCUGCUUAUGUCUGGGACAUGCUAAAGGUAUAGUUUCUAUGUGGAGUCCGAAUGCUAGAGAUCCAUUAGCAAAAAUGUUAUGUCAUAAGGCUCCGAUUACUGCAGUUAGUGUUGAUCCCACAGGAAUGUAUAUGUCGACAGCAGCAAGUAACAGGGAGCUUAAAAUCUGGGAUAUUAGAAAAUUGGAGGGACCAUUGCAAGAGUAUAAGUUAGUCAGUGCUCCUUCAAAUCUGGCUUUUUCCCAAAAGAAAAUGUUAGCUGUAGGUCACGGCAAUAUUGUUGAAGUAUACAGGGAGUGUUGUACCUCAACUGCCAAAAGACCGUACUUGAGACAUAGAUUCAAUAACCCAAUUGGUAACUUUAAUUUCUGUCCUUUUGAAGAUGUACUGGGUGUUGCGACAAAUAGAGGCUUUACCAGUCUACUGAUUCCUGGAUCCGGUGAACCAAAUAUCGACAGUUUGGAAGUGAAUCCUUUCCAAAGUAAAGCUCAAAGGAGAGAGGCUGAAGUUAAAGCUUUGCUUGAUAAGAUACAACCUGAGUUAAUUACGUUAGACCCUGCAGUAAUUGCUGAGGUAGAUGUUCCCACAAUGAGAGACAAAAUUGAGGCAAAGAAAAAUCUCCUGUUCUUGAAGGCACCAAAAAUUGAAUAUAAUCCUAGAAAUAAAGCUAAAGGAAAAGGUGGAUCGGUUAAAAUGGCUAGAAACAAAAAGAUAUUACAGGAGCAAGCCAUAAGAGAAUUUUCCAAAUCAACUAAAGACCUGUUGCCCAAUAAACCAAAUGAGGGGAAGAAAAAGAAACAAGCAUACAAUGUCUUAGAUCGUUUCUUGCCUAAAAAGAAAAGUUAGAUUUUUAAGUUGAGUAAAAUGUAAAUUAAUAUGUAUUAUAAAAUAUCAAUAAACAAUUUUACAUCUUUU